GCCUACUUGCUUCGCAGUCUACUUCUGUGAACAAAUCGAACAUACCCUUUCACCACAAGGAAUUCUGGGAAAUUGUUAAAAAAUGGCGGAUGAAGUUGAACAGGUUGGCGUUAGCUAAACGUUUUAUUGUCAAUCUUUCUCUGUGCAAAACAUUUAUUUAGAUUCGAGUAGAGAAAUAGACUUGUACACCAGUUUAUAUCAGUAUAUUACGGCAACCAGCUAGCCAACAGCAUCAUUGCAAAAACAUGGGUGGGGACUUUAUUUGUGGAGGACAACAGUGGCUAGCUAGCAUGGUAAUUAGCUAGCUAGUUAGCAGCUGUCGCUAUCAAACAAGCGUAGUAAGCUAGCAUAUUAGCUAGUUCGCUAACUAGACACGAAUGUUGCAUACAAUCGAAUUUCCCCCCCCAGGGCUUUAUUGUUACAUUAAAUGUAUUCAAAUCUAUAGUCUAUGGAUGAAAAGUGAUUCUAACCCCAGUUAGGCUACUUAUUGACAACCAUGAACACUAGCUAGCUUACUAUUUAGCAUGAAACCGACAUCUAGUGUGAACAACUCCUUUCCCCAUUUACUUUCUGUUGCAGCAAACGACCACCAACACAGUGGAGGAGCCCCUGGAUCUGAUCCGGCUCAGUUUGGAUGAGAGGAUAUAUGUUAAGAUGCGAAACGACCGAGAACUCAGGGGCAGAUUGAAUGUAGGUAGUUGUAAGACAGUGGUGAUCAUCUUGGUUGCUUUUGUAAUGUUGCCAAACGUUUGAACAAUGAUGUAUUCUAAUGUGUAUAGCUGUCGUCCUGAGUGUGAGCAUUUGCACCUUGUCUCGCCAAACUAUAGGCCUGCAUAAGUCUAAUGCGGUUUGUCUUUUUUCCAGGCCUACGAUCAGCACUUGAACAUGAUCUUGGGAGAUGUGGAGGAGACGGUGACAACAGUAGAGAUUGAUGAGGAGACAUAUGAAGAAAUUUAUAAGGUAUGAAAAAGGGCAUCCACCACCUUCUCAACUGCAGAAAUUUCUUUAGUGCAGGGUUCUCCAACCCUGUUCCUGGAGAGCUACCCUCCUGUAGGUUUUAACUCCAACCCUGUUCCUGGAGAGCUACCCUCCUGUAGGUUUGAACUCCAACCCUGUUCCUGGAGAGCUACCCUCCUGUAGGUUUUAACUCCAACCCUGUUCCUGGAGAGCUACCCUCCUGUAGGUUUUAACUCCAACCCUGUUCCUGGAGAGCUACCCUCCUGUAGGUUUUAACUCCAACCCUGUUCCUGGAGAGCUACCCUCCUGUAGGUUUACGCUCCAACCCUGUUCCUGGAGAGCUACCCUCCUGUAGGUUUUAACUCCAACCCUGUUCCUGGAGAGCUACCCUCCCGUAUGUUUACCCUCCAACCCUGUUCCUGGAGAGCUACCCUCCUGUAGGUUUACCCUCCAACCCUGUUCCUGGAGAGCUACCCUCCUGUAGGUUUGAACUCCAACCCUGUUCCUGGAGAGUUACCCUUCUGUAGGUUUGAACUCCAACCCUGUUCCUGGAGAGCCACCCUCCUGUAGGUUUGAACUCCAACCCUGUUCCUGGAGAGCGACCCUCCUGUAGGUUUGAACUCCAACCCUGUUCCUGGAGAGAUACCCUCCUGUAGGUUUUAACUCCAACCCUGUUCCUGGAGAGCUACCCUCCUGUAGGUUUGAACUCCAACCCUGUUCCUGGAGAGCGACCCUCCUGUAGGUUUUAACUCCAACCCUGUUCCUGGAGAGCUACCCUCCUGUAGGUUUGAACUCCAACCCUGUUCCUGGAGAGCGACCCUCCUGUAGGUUUUAACUCCAACCCUGUUCCUGGAGAGCUACCCUCCUGUAGGUUUGAACUCCAACCCUGUUCCUGGAGAGCUACCCUCCUGUAGGUUUUAACUCCAACCCUGUUCCUGGAGAGCUACCCUCCUGUAGGUUUACGCUCCAACCCUGUUCCUGGAGAGCUACCCUCCUGUAGGUUUUAACUCCAACCCUGUUCCUGGAGAGCUACCCUCCUGUAGGGUUUAACUCCAACCCUGUUCCUGGAGAGCUACCCUCCUGUAGGUUUACCCUCCAACCCUGUUCAUGGAGAGCUACCCUCCUGUAGGUUUUAACUCCAACCCUGUUCCUGGAGAGCUACCCUCCCGUAUGUUUACCCUCCAACCCUGUUCCUGGAGAGCUACCCUCCUGUAAGUUUACCCUCCAACCCUGUUCCUGGAGAGCUACCCUCCUGUAGGUUUUAACUCCAACCCUGUUCCUGGAGAGCUACCCUCCUGUAGGUUUACGCUCCAACCCUGUUCCUGGAGAGCUACCCUCCUGUAGGUUUUAACUCCAACCCUGUUCCUGGAGAGCUACCCUCCUGUAGGGUUUAACUCCAACCCUGUUCCUGGAGAGCUACCCUCCUGUAGGUUUACCCUCCAACCCUGUUCAUGGAGAGCUACCCUCCUGUAGGUUUUAACUCCAACCCUGUUCCUGGAGAGCUACCCUCCCGUAUGUUUACCCUCCAACCCUGUUCCUGGAGAGCUACCCUCCUGUAGGUUUACCCUCCAACCCUGUUCCUGGAGAGCUACCCUCCUGUAGGUUUGAACUCCAACCCUGUUCCUGGAGAGUUACCCUUCUGUAGGUUUGAACUCCAACCCUGUUCCUGGAGAGCCACCUCCUGUAGGUUUGAACUCCAACCCUGUUCCUGGAGAGCGACCCUCCUGUAGGUUUGAACUCCAACCCUGUUCCUGGAGAGCUACCCUCCUGUAGGUUUUAACUCCAACCCUGUUCCUGGAGAGCUACCCUCCUGUAGGUUUGAACUCCAACCCUGUUCCUGGAGAGCGACCCUCCUGUAGGUUUGAACUCCAACCCUGUUCCUGGAGAGCGACCCUCCUGUAGGUUUGAACUCCAACCCUGUUCCUGGAGAGCUACCCUCCUGUAGGUUUGAACUCCAACCCUGUUCCUGGAGAGCUACCCUCCUGUAGGUUUUCAACUGUGUGUCUGAGAUCUAACCCAAGGAUAGCUGUUGUGGCUGAAUUGUUGUCUAUUUCUGUCGUUAAAUGUCCCCCUGGAGAAGGGAUUUGUAGAUAUUUGCAAAAAAAUUUUAUACACUUAUUACUCCUAGAAAAGGAAUUGGUGUUCUUGUUUGUCAUGGAUCUCUAAACCAAGUCGAAGUUACGAUCAAAUCUAUUUUUCAUGAAAUUCUGCGUUGUCUAUAGUUGUAGUGUGCUGGCGCUCUUACCAAGAUUUCUGGACCCCCGAAGAGGUACUUAGACAGCCCUAGGAAUCUAACACUGAAAUGCUGAAAGAAGGUUCAGGACGGCAACGUAAUUCCUUAAUGUGUUUUUCUAUUUUUCAGUCAACGAAGAGGAACAUCCCCAUGUUGUUUGUGAGAGGUGACGGAGUUGUCUUGGUAGCUCCUCCACUCAGGGUGGGCUAGCAGCUCACCAUGUUCUGCUGCGUUCCUGGAUCCUGAAGGAUAAAAUGUUUUGUUGACAAAUCACAGAUAAUUAUUUAGUCGUUACAUUUUGUGAGUUUUGAAUGACCAAUGAUUGGAAGUUAAUGCAGAAGUAUUGUUUGGCCUUGUAUUUUAGUUGGAUCGCUGUGGGAAUUGUGUAAAACAUUGAUAUUCCCCCAUAAUAUUAAAUGCAUAAACCAAGGUAAUGGUUUAAUUCAGGAUUUAAAUUGUUCCAAAUACCACGUCCAUUCCCCAACAUUUUUAGUUUAAUUUAAUUUCACAAGCUCCACUGUACUGCACAGUAUUUUAAUUUCUGUCAAAGUUGUGCUCAUUUAUAUUUUUUGUAAUGAACAUGUGAACUAUGCUGAGACAAGAAAUGAUGUCCUCAGAUUCUCCAGUAUUCGUUUUGUUAUCAAGGUUCAGUCUGAUGCUCACUUGAAUAAAAAAGUAAAACCAUGUUAAUAAAGCUCAGUCUUGACUAUUAA